CCAUUUUAGCAUGUAAAGACUCGAAAUCCCAAGACCAGGGUUUUAGUUUCCAGCCAAGGCCAAAAUCUACAGCCAUCACAUCGGCGGGAAAGAUGGCGGAAUGGAUUUGCAGAACGCUGCGAGACGGCGGUUUGGAAGGGGAGCACGCCCCCGCUCUCACUAUCAACGAUACCAUCAGCUGUCCCCUUGGCUCCUUUGUUUUUGAUCACAUCCUCUCCCAACUUUCUUCAUUCAUUUUCUGCCAAAAAUCUCAAUCAAAUGGCAUUGUGUUGGUUGCGUUGUCCCGGAGUCCGUUAUACUAUGAACAAUUGUUGAAGAGCAAAGGAUUCGACGUUGUCACUUCAAGUACCUGGUUUAAGAUUUUGGAUUGUUGCACCGACCCGUUGGGCUGGAGAAGCAAGCUUGUGGAUAGUGGGAGCAUACGGAAUCUCUCUUCUGGAUCUUCACUAACUGUUAAUAUAUGUAAAAAUGUCAAGAACUUGGAUGAGUUAUUUUCAUCAAUUAUUGAACUUGGGAAAGAAUUGUCUGGAGAUGGAAAAGGGCGGUUUACGGUUGCCAUAGACUCGGUUAGUUCACUGCUAAGACAUACAUCUGUAUCGUCAGUUGCUGCGCUUUUAAGUAAUCUUCGGAGUCAUGAUAUAGUCUCUAGCUUGUUUUGGUUAUUACAUUUGGAUAUGCAUGAGACCCGGGCUACUGCUGCUCUCGAGUAUAUGUCCUCUAUGAAGGCUACUAUAGAACCAAUCAUUCAAUCGGUGGAUGGACCCAGAGGAAACUCUGAGAACCUUUCUUUGAUGGAACAAAAUUUAAGAAGAGGAAAGUUCUGCGUGCGCGUGAAACGUAGAAACGGGCGUGUUAGAAUGAUGUUUGAGGAGCUUUCUGUUGAGAAAUCAGGCAUCAAAUUUACACCUCUGUCUUCUGAAGAUGAAAUGACUGCUCAAAGCCUUGUGCCUAAGGUCCAGUUCAAUUUACAGUUGUCCGAAAAGGAGCGAAAUGACAGGGCAAAAGUUGUUCUUCCUUUUGAGCACCAGGGAAAUGGCAAAACCAUUCAAAUCUAUGAUGGUCGAAAAUCGCUCAAUGAUGAAGUGGACUCUAACAGAGGCGAGAUCAUAUAUUUUCGUGAUUCAGAUGAUGAGAUGCCUGACUCAGAUGAAGACCCUGAUGAUGAUCUGGACAUAUGAUUCUCCAGGUUUCUUUUGCAUUACAGAGAUUGCAGGAGUAGCUUAUUCAAUGGAAAUUGGACUGUCUGCUUGUCGGGCUAUCAAAUCCAGAACGUUUUAACUGAAGCAACAAGUUUGAUGUAGGAAUGCUCUGAUCGACUGCUCGUUCAAAUUCUUUCAACUACAGUAGUUCUCUGGAACACUUGGACACCAUGCGACAUGACCGUAUGCUGAGUUUCAGGUCAUCAUUGUUUAUCAUUACCGUAAAUCUGUAGUGUUUCCUCUCAAGAGAAUUAUAAACACUAGUUCAUCAACCUAUUGUAAGGUUUGGCUAAGCGUUAAUGUCUUGUAUGAUUUAUCAUGUUAAAUAACGUUGUAUUACCUGUUCUACAUAUGAUUAGAUAGGCAGUCUUGAGUUUCUUA